UGUAGAGGCGAGGCUCCCUUCAGCCAUGGUCCCCCAAAAUGCUGCUGUUUUCCCGUAAAAAAUAUCUACACCGUCAUGUGGACUUCAGUUAUCAGAGACUGUUCGGCUGUCUUUUAAGGAAUAUGUUUUCAAGUUCUGCUUUCCUAUAUCUAUAUAUUUUGAUCGCAAAUGAUGUUUUGAGUGAUAAUUCAGAUGAACUGAAGACAGUUUUGGAGGGAGAUUCUGUCACUCUACACACUAAUAUUACUGAAGUAAAGAGAGAUGAUCUGAUAAUGUGGAGGUUUGGACCUCGAAACAUUAGAAUAGCUCAAUUAAUUAAAAGUGACCAAAUAAACUUUAUAUCAGUCAGUAAUGAUGAAAUAUUCAGAGAUAAACUGCAACUGAACAAUCGGACUGGAUCUCUCACCAUCAAGAACAUCACAAUCACUCAUACUGGACUUUAUCAGCUUGAGAUCAUCAACAAUGGAGGAACUUCAGUCAAAAGAUUCAGUAUUACUGUAUAUGCUCCUCUUCCUGUUCCUGCCAUUACCAGUAACUGUUCAUCAUCAUCAGAGAGAUCGUCACGCUCUAAAUGUGUGUUGGUGUGUUCAGUGGAGAAUGUGACACAUGUGACUCUCUCCUGGUACAAAGGAAACAGUUUAUUGUCCUCCAUCAGUGUGUCUGAUCUCAACAACAGUCUCUCACAGGAGGUGGAAUAUCAGGAGAACAACAUCUACAGCUGUGUGAUCAACAAUCCCAUCAGAAACCAGACUAAACAUCUCAACAUUAAUGAUGUCUGUCAGCCGGGUUCAGUCUCAUGUGAAAAGAUGCACGGACUGACUGUUUUAGAAGCAGAGGCAACUGAGACUCGUCCUCACCCACCCAGAUUGUGUAACUGCGCCACCAUGAAGAAUUAA